AUGUCCCAAUUGCCCAGCUGCGUUUGCUACCAAAAAGCCCUAUACCGCGCAUCUAAAAACUCACACCAGACCAUUCAAAUGCACCAAGGUUGGGUGCAACGCAAGCUUUGCACUGAGCAAGGACCUCACCCGCCAUGUCAACGAACAGCAUGGCUCUACCAAAUGGUAUUGCAGCUUCCCAGGAUGCACGUAUAA